AGCAGAAGAUUGGUUCCUGUGCAUGCUAAAGCUUCAGUUGGAUGCUUCCCGGGGUCUGAAGCCGCAUGCACUCGAAAUCCCAAGCAAUUGAGGGUCGGGAUUCGCCGUCCGACCAUGCUUGUGCUCGAUUACAACCUCCUUGUAUCAAUUUCGCGCUCCUCUCAACCCAAGCUCGAACAAUCCAGCAGCGAUGGCGCGUCGCUGGAGCUGGAUGAGGAACCAGAGUUUUCGCUGGCGAAAGCUUGCGUGGAGGCCAUGGGACCAGCUGGGGAGGGAUUCGUCGCUGUGAGGGGCAUGGAAAAUUAUGCAAGAUUGCGUGAGCAGGUUCUUCCCCUCGCCCAGAAGCUUGCUCUCAUGCCGAAUUCGGAACGCGCGGCGAUUUUGAAGGAGCACGGGUUGGGAACGGACGUGCCUUUAAAAGAUCCAGGUCGACCAGUUUCUUCAUUUGCAGCCCAACUUCGCUUCGAAAGUCUACUAGAGCUCGACAACAUUGGGUCCAUUUCGAAGGAUAUCUAUGACAAUCAGAAGGCUCAGCGGUGUGCACAUGGAGACAGUUUCAGUGAACUUGGAAACUUGUUUAAACAGCUGGGUAUGUGCAUGGUGAGGGUGGGGCUGCUGAUUGCUCGACUUUUUGAUGCUUAUCAGUCUCACGCGGGCCUGUGUGAAUCUAGCUUGGAGCAAGCUAUUCUCGAGUCAGGUACCGCAAAGGGUCGACUCAUCCAUUAUCACUCUCUUUUGGAGAAAGAUAUCCUUCGCUCUCUCCAGAACUCGAAGACGCAGAAACAAAAUAAGAAUGCUAGCAAAGCAAGAAUCUCAGAAGUCUGGAAUGCAGCUGCAGAUUCCGGGGUCUCAACUCUGUGGCAGCAGUGGCACUGCGACUAUGGCAUCUUCACUGUUCUAACUUCACCUCUCUUUCUUAAACCCACCCGGGAUGUUCCUUCAGAGCCAGAUGUCGCAACUAAAAGAUGGACUGAACCAGCUGUAAAUGGGGAUCACUGGAAGGUUGAUCAUAAAUUAUCAGAGGGUGAUUCCAAUCAGCUACAAUCAUGCGACAAUCGCAGUAUUCAAGAGGAGAAACCUCGUUCGUCAAGAUCACAACAGUUGUCUUCAUCCUCGCAGGAUUUGAAUUUUAGCAUGCAAGAAUGCGCACCCCCUGAUGGGUACUCAUCCCUACGAGUCAUGGAUGCCCACAGCCGAACCACAUCUGUAUCGAUACCUUCCGACUACCUGAUAGUUCAAGUAGGCGACGCCGCUCAGCUGCUCUCGGGGGGAGAACUCGUUGCAAGACCGCACUGUGUAAUGCGACCCACUUCGGACAGAGACGUAAGUCGGCAAACAAUGGCGGUAUUUUUGCAACCUGCUUGGGACAGAAGCUUGUCUAUUCCGCCCGGGACCGCUCAAGAACGAGCUCUAGAAGCUGGAGGAGUUGCCACAAAUCUAGAGACGCAUAUUCCCCUGUUGGCAUCACGAUGGAAGGAUGGUUGUACAUUUGCCGAAUUUUCUAAGGAAACUACGAGGCAGUAUUACGGUGCAGAUGGUCGCCAGUCGAGAAAAUAGAUGCUCUCUGUGAUGGCCUGUCCUUUCCACAUUCUUAUUCAUCUGUUCAUGAACGAUUGGGAGACAUCAUACUGAACUAAUUUGUCAUUUCUAUUCA